UUUUUUUCUAUCAAGCGCUGAUGUAAUUUAUUGCAUUGGUUGAUUUAACUAAAUCUGGGAUUUUUAUUUUUAGUAAACCGUAUGAUUUCUUGUUGUUAUAUUCUAUUUAUUGGAUCUUCAAAUUGACGUUUCCGAGAAUGUGGUUUAAUUAUACUUUUCAUAGGUUAUUGAUGAGUUUGGUGGAAACUAGUGAGAUUUGAUACUGCAAUUUGAGUAGUAUGCGUGCAUGUAUGAGUGUUUAUAUAUACGCAUAUAUACAUGUUGCAUUGCGAGUGUAAACGCACGUUGAUGAAACAAGUCGCAGUUGAGGUUUCUUGAGUUGCUUUAUGGUGUCGUCACUCGUGAUGCUGCUGAAUUGGUGGUGAUCCUUUUGUAUUCUAUGAUGUUUGGGAUGUAUGGUGAUACUGCUGAGUUGGCAUUGAUUGCCUUGUAUUUGUUGUUAUUCGGGACAUUGUGCCCCACGGUACAAGCAACAAAUAGUGUUAUGUGAUAUGGUAAUUCUUGCAUGAUUGCUUUUUCGCUUGUUAAGAUAAGAAAUUGGAAUAUGAUCUUCCCCCAACCCAAUUCUCCCUAGGAAUAUAGAUAGGGUAAGGCUUUAGCACCUAUAUAGUAGGGAUCCUGGGGAAAGUUUGGAUGAGGUACGACAACGAAAUUAGUAUACAGAAGGUGUUUGCAUCUGCCCGGAAGGAACUUACAAUACUCCUGGUCCUGCUCAUAAAACCAGGUCUCUGCCCAUGGGUUCUAAAUCAGUUGUGGAUUUAAUGGAGGCCUCCUCAGGUGCUCAUUUUUCUGGAUUUCACAUGGACACCCUGAAGCAAAGAAUUAAAGAGAUAGACACAUCAACAACGUCAGCGACUGAAAACAUGCAUAAACAGCCUUUUGUCAUUGGGGUUGCUGGGGGAGCAGCAUCCGGUAAGACAACAGUUUGUGAUAUGAUUAUCCAGCAGCUUCAUGAUCAACGUGUUGUACUUGUUAACCAGGAUUCCUUUUAUCAUGAUUUGACCGAGGAGGAACUUACACAAGUAUAUGACUACAAUUUUGAUCAUCCUGAUGCUUUUGACACCAAGCAACUGUUACGUAUUAUGGAGAAGUUGAAGCAUGGGCAAGCAGUAGAUAUUCCAAACUAUGAUUUCAAGAGUUACAAAAACGUGUUUCCAGCAAGAAGGGUAAACCCUUCAGAUGUUAUACUUUUGGAAGGCAUACUCAUUUUCCAUGAUCCGCGUGUCAGAGAGUUGAUGAAUAUGAAGAUAUUUGUAGAUACAGAUGCUGAUGUACGCCUAGCAAGAAGGAUAAGGCGGGAUACUGUUGAGAAGGGUAGGGAUGUUGGUGCAGUACUUGAUCAGUACUCCAAAUUUGUUAAGCCUGCUUUUGAUGACUUUAUCCUCCCAACAAAGAAGUAUGCUGAUAUAAUUAUUCCCCGUGGGGGGGAUAAUCAUGUAGCCAUUGAUUUGAUUGUACAACAUAUUUGUACGAAGCUUGGACAACAUGAUCUCUGUAAAAUAUACCCAAAUUUAUACGUCAUUCAAUCAACUUUUCAGAUACGGGGUAUGCAUACCCUCAUACGUGAUUCUCAAACGACAAAGCAUGACUUUGUUUUCUAUUCCGAUCGGUUGAUCCGUUUGGUUGUUGAACAUGGCCUAGGACAUCUUCCAUUUACGGAAAAGCAAGUGAUCACUCCGACUGGGUCUGUGUAUACUGGUGUGGAUUUCUGUAAGAGGUUAUGUGGUGUCUCUAUUAUCAGGAGUGGUGAGAGUAUGGAGAAUGCUUUGCGAGCAUGUUGUAAAGGUAUCAAGAUUGGGAAGAUUCUCAUUCACAGAGAAGGCGACAACGGUCAGCAGCUAAUCUAUGAAAAAUUGCCGAUGGACAUAUCGGAAAGGCAUGUGUUACUGUUGGAUCCUAUCCUAGGGACAGGGAAUUCGGCUAUUCAAGCUAUCUCCUUACUUUUAAAGAAAGGUGUACCAGAGUCCAACAUUAUAUUUCUCAACCUGAUAUCGGCACCUCAGGGUGUACAUGCGGUUUGCAAGUGCUUUCCAAGAAUAAAGAUUGUGACUUCUGAGAUUGAGAUUGGCCUAAACAAAGAUUUCCGGGUGAUACCUGGAAUGGGUGAGUUUGGAGACCGAUAUUUCGGAACGGAUGAUGAUGACCCGCAAGUGGCGGCGGCGGCAGCCCCUUCUCAGCAGUUCCAUCAGGGUUGAAUAUAUAAUUGGUCCAAACCCUCGUUUUCAGCUGAGUUUGCAGGCUGUCACAAAUUUCAAAUCAGUUUUGACUCAUUAGACAUUAUCAUCUUCUUCUUCUUCUUCUUCUUCUUCUUGAAAGUUUCAUUAUGGCAUAAAUCAAGUAACGGCUUCCCAAUUCUUCAAGGAUAUACACAUGUAUUUAUGAACCCCAGAUGAUAUUUUACUACGUAAUAAAGUUGUGUUGCCUCA